AUCACUUUCUACAGCUCCCACCAGGGAACAGUUGGCUGGUGUUCUUGAAGAAGUCCCUCCUUUUGAGUUCCCGGAUCCUCUCCUAGGCUAGUUGUGGUCCUUAGUUUCCUUGACAUAGAAUCUGAGCGAUUCUUUAACCAUCCAAAGACCCAUAAAGAGACACAUCACAAUAUUGUCUUUUAUUCAAACAAAUAAUCCAUUAAUCGAUUUCAAUGGAAAUUCAUUUGGGGAAUGAAUAUUACCUCCCAAAUUAAAAACCUUUUUUAUGGACUAUUGUUCAUGGUAGACUUCUUACAAAUGUCCAGAGAGCUAGAAGAGGUUUUACUGAAAAUGAUAUGUGUCAUGCUUGUUCAAGGAGCCAAGAAACUCUAUUGCAUCUAUUUAGGGACUGCCCUAAAGCUCCCACCAUCUGGGAAUCUCUUAGUUGGCCUACCACUAUUAGAAAUGCUUUUCAAUUGGAUUGGCUUGGAUGGCUUUCUGCAAAUCUCUAUUGCCUUGUUUUCUAUACUGAGAAUUUAAGAUGGUGCAAUAUUUUUGUUUUCACUUGUUGGUAUUUAUGGAAGUGGAGAAAUAAGGUAGUUUUUGAGGAUAAUUUCCAGCUGCCUACCAAUGCUACUCAACUCAUCUUAAAUGCUGCAAAUGAAGCCUGUGAAAGAUUUCAGCUCCUCACUCUAGUGGAGUGAUGAUGAUGACGAGUUCGCACAUGCUCCAGGUGGCGCCACUCGCACCACACGCUUCCUAAGAAGACCAGAGACAUGAUUUUCAAUGAGGUUAACCUUACUAUUGCAAUUGAGGACAUAAGAGAAGUUGAGCGGAGGAGACUCCUUGGCAUUGAGGAUCCUGAUGCUCCUACCAGGGAAGAGUUGGCUGCUGUUCUUGAAGAAGUUCAGUUAAACCAGCAAAGAGAAAGCCAGGAAAAUCACUAUAUGCAAGAGUCACAGACACUGGUAUUGAUCUUAAAGAGGCUGCUAAGAGACUGAACAUUGAUUGGAAUACAGCUGCAGAGAUUGAUGAUGCUGAUGUUAAGGGUGAGUCAGAUGUGCAUUCAGUUGUGGUUUGUUUCCUUGGCUUUCUCAUGAUAAAUUGGUGUUUUUAAUCAUGUUCUUGCAAUUACCAGAUUAAGAAGAAUAUGGAAUAAUGAAUACACUAUUAAACAUGUAUAUAUAGUUAAUUAUGUUGUGGUUUACAGUAAUAGUGUAAAAGAAAAACAAGAGAAUAAUUACCAUUGUUGUAAGUAAUGGUUAGAAUUUGCAAUAGAAGUAGAUUACUAUGAUACCUUCUUGAUUUAGUUCAUUCAGAAACAGCUCAUCAGUACUUUUUAGCCUGUGCAAUAUGAAUGCAGAUUAAAGCAUGAAGUACUAAUUAACUCAUAGCUUAAUGUUGUAAAUGCUUUUCUGGUUUUGGUGUAAGCCGAGGCAUGAUUUUCAAUGAGUAUAAUACAAUAUCGUUGAGCAAUUCUUUUGAUGAUUUUCUCAAACUCGAUUGACUUUGUAAUGCUUUAUGAUAUGAAGGUUAAGAAUCACCAUCGCAAUUGAGGACAUGAGAGAAGUUGAGCUGGAAACUCGUUGGCAUCAAAGGUCCCGAUGCUCCCACCAGGAAACAGUUGGCUGCUGUUCUUGAAGAAGUCCCUCCUUUUAAGUUCCUGGAUUUAGACCCUCUCCUUGCUAGUUUUGGUCCUUGGUUUCCUUGACUUUGAAUCUAGGCCAUUCACCAACCAUCCAAAGACCCAUAAAGAGACACUUCACAGUAUUGUUUUUUAUUCAAACAAAGAAUCCAUUAAUGCAAUGAAUCA